AGCUGUAUGCAUAUACAAACAUAUAUACAGAUACAAUACUUAGCCAUUCCAUAAACUUAUAUUUCAGUAGAGAAAGAAGUCUUUUAGCUUCAUUCUCAUUUCCUUCCAUGGAGAACAUCUCAGUGAUAUUUCCCAUAACCUUUCUCGUUACCUUCCUUCAGUUUGCUUUCUUUAUUGCGUCUGAGCGGCCCCCAUAUGUCCCAACAGAUAAUAUAACCCUGAAUUGUGGAGCUCUUUCCGAUUCACAUGGCUCGGAUGGACGCUUUUGGGCAGGAGACAAGAGCUCAAAAUUUGGUCCUGUUGAAUCAUCCCGUACCAUUCCAUCAGCACCCUAUGAAGCUGAUAAUCAAGGUGGCUCCGUAGAGACAGUCCCUUAUAUGACUGCCCGUGUAUCUAGCUCCGAAUUCAAGUACAGUUUCCCCGUUAGUCCGGGCCAGAAAUUCGUUCGGCUCCACUUUUAUCCGGCUUCAUAUAAAAAAUUUGACCGAUCCAAGGCCUUUUUCUCUGUCAAAGCAGGUUCUUUCACUUUAUUGAAAAAUUUCAGUGCUUUCCUUGUUGCUGAAUCAUCAAAUGUUAAAUCAUUUUUUAGAGAAUUCUGCUUGAAUGUAGAAGAGAAUCAAGUGUUGGAGCUGAUUUUCACUCCAACUCCUAGUUCUUCAAAUGACACGUACGCUUUCAUCAAUGGAAUCGAGAUCGUGUCAAUGCCUUCCAACCUUUACUACACACCAUCAGAUUCGUUAGAUGGUGCUCGUUUCAUCGGGCAAAAAAAUGGGUUCUAUGUUGAUAAUUACACUGCACUUGAGACGGUUUAUAGAUUGAAUGUUGGUGGCAAAUCCAUCUCACAAACGGAAGAUACUGGCAUGUUCAGGCUCUGGUCUGAUGACUAUGAUUAUAUUUUGAGUGAGAGCUAUUUCACUGUCAACACCACAGUACCACUCAAAUACACAAUGAUUCCAAAAUACACUGCACCGGAGGAGGUUUAUCAGACAGCUCGGACGAUGGGUCCUAAUGGUGAUUACAACAGAAAACACAACAUAACAUGGGGAUUGCCCGUGGAUUCAGGAUUCAGGUAUAUGGUAAGGCUUCAUUUUUGCGAAUUUCAGGAUGUGAUAAGUUCAGCGGGAAUAAGACAGUUCGAGAUCUUUAUAAACAAUCAGACGGCUGAAGCAUUUUUCGACGUAAUUAUUUGGACUCAGCAAAGCAAUGUUCCAAUUUAUAAGGAUUAUGUUCUGUUGAUGUCAAAGAAGGAGGAGAAUAAGCAGGAUAUCACUAUAGCAUUGCACCCUAGAGUUGCUAAAAAAUACGAUGUUAUCUUAAAUGGAAUUGAAGUGUUCAAAGUGAACGGUUCUGAUGGUAAUGUGGCCGGACCCAACCCUGAACUAUUGCUGGCUCCACCACCUCCCGAAUCGUUCAAUUAUACAAGUGGAAAAUCCAAGACGAAGCGAAGAGUGCUAAUUGUUGGUGGCGGGUGUGCGGUGGGCUUGCUUACCCUGCUUUCUCUAUUGAUUUGCAUGGUUGUUUGGCGACAUAGAAAGAGGAAGUACUAUGGUUCCUACUCUGGAGCAAAUUGGUUUUGCUGGUGCAUUAAUCCCAACAAAGGGAAGUCCACAAAGUCCUCAUUGUUGCCAGAAGAACUGUGCCGCCAUUUCUCACUGGAUGAGAUCAAAGCCGCUACCAACAACUUCCAUGAUGAUUUAGUUAUUGGGAAAGGUGGCUUUGGCAAAGUGUACAAAGGGUUCUUAGAUGAAGGGGAAACAAUAGUUGCAAUCAAGCGCCUGAAUCCAGAGUCCAGACAAGGUGUUUCCGAGUUCUUGACAGAGAUUGAGAUGCUCUCUCAGCUUCGCCAUGUUCAUUUGGUGUCCUUGAUCGGAUAUUGCAAUGAAAAUCGUGAGAUGAUACUCGUGUAUGAUUUUAUGAGUAACGGAACUCUUUCUGAUCAUCUUUAUGGUACUAGCUAUGAUUGUCUGACUUGGAAGCAAAGGCUGGAGAUAUGCAAGGGAGCAGCUAUUGGGUUGAACUAUCUUCAUACAGAAGUGAAGUAUACUGUCAUUCAUCGAGACGUGAAGACAAGCAACAUUCUACUAGAUGAGAAAUUCACAGCCAAAGUUUCGGAUUUUGGGUUGUCCAAAACGGACCCAAAAGUUGACAUGCUUAAUACUGGAAUAAAGGGCACAUUGGGAUACUUGGAUCCAGAGUAUGCUCGAGGUCAUUCAUUAACCGAAAAAUCAGAUGUAUAUUCAUUUGGUGUGGUGUUAUUUGAAGUUUUAUGUGCAAGAAAAGCUUUGGAUAAGAAAUUGCCAGAGGGUCAAGUGAACCUAGCUCAUUGGGCUAGAAAUUGUAUCGCGGACGGGACUCUUUAUCAGGUAAUCGAUCCAUAUCUCAUUGGAAAGAUGGCUCCAGAGUGUUUUAAGGUGUUUGUUGAAAUUGCUGAAAAUUGCACAGCAGAAUCGGGAGCCAAAAGGCCAUCAAUGAAUGAGGUGAUGGAAAAGUUGCGAUUCGCAAUGGACCUGCAAGAGGCUGCUGAUCUUGAGAAAGAGAAGAUCAAUCCAGGAGGUGAACAUAGGUACCCCGAUAUAGUGUUCCCAGUUGCUCGUGACAUCGAUAUCGAGGAUGAAUCAGAACUGGAGUCGGAGUUGGAUAUGGAUUCAAGUAUCUACAAUGGAUUUGGUAUUUUAGAUUCCAAUAUUACUGGAAUGACUUAUACUACUAUUGAUACCAGUACAUCAUCUGAUUUGUUCUCGAGCACCAACAACUCCAAAAGCAUAGUAAAUUAGACAAAAGAGCGGAGAGAGCCGAAAGGCUUAAUCCUUUUCUUUUCUUUUUGCAAUAUAAGGUGGAUGUAAAUUAUAAGGUGUGUUAAGUUUUAUGCUUUGUAUGCAGUUUGAUUGCUCUUGUUCUUCCUGAUCUCUAUUCAUGUCAGUGUUUGGCUGAUUGCAGUCUAUCUGAUUGAUCCUUUUAGGCUACAGGGACUAAUACAAGACUAUUGAUAAAAGCAUUAGAUCUGAGUUUUA